UGGGACCCAGCAACCCGGAAGCAGGCGGCGGCACAAGAUGGCGGAGACCCACUGCUUGCAAGACCUGAGACAGAACACAGCAUUGACAUCGAAAGUCUUCAUUCAGAGAGACUACUCCAGUGGGACCGUGUGCCAGUUUCAGACUAAAUUCCCUUCGGAGUUGGAGAACAGGAUUGAUCGGCAGCAGUUUGAAGAAACCAUCAGGGUACUAAACAACCUUUAUGCAGAGGCUGAGAAGGUUGGGGGACAGUCCUAUGUGGAGGGCUGUUUGGCAUGCUUGACUGCGUACACCAUCUUCUUGUGCAUGGAGACACAUUACGAGAAGGUGUUGAAAAAGAUUGCCAAAUACAUCCAGGAACAGAAUGAGAAGACUUAUGCUCCACGAGGCCUCGUUAUAGUCGAUCCAAUUGAAAGAGGAUUGAGAGUUAUUGAGAUCUCCAUUUAUGAAGACAGAAAUUUCAGCAGUGGAAGAUGAUGUGCAGAGAAGCUAAGUGGGACCAAGGCUGUAAAGGAUACAGGCCAAUUCUGCUGGGUAUCAUUUCUGUACCAAACAAGUACCCUACCUCGUCUCUGGACUAUCAUUCCACAAACUCUUGAGGACCUUGGUGCCACUUUAAACAUUGGAUGUUUUGUAAUCUGCUGUAUCCUCAAAUAAUGUAUGCUAUGUGAGGGGUAGGUGGGGGUAAGCAACUAACUAUUGUGAUCAAAUUAGUAUUUUCUUUCUGAAAUGUUUUCUUCAAAAAAAAUCAAAAGAAUUUCUAAAUUAACAUCACUAGAAGACCACAAGAAAGAGUUGAAGGAAAUGUUUAGAGGUAUAUGGUCAUGAUACUCUCUGGGAGCAUAAGUUAAUUGCUGUCAGAAGCCUUGGAUAUUUUUCCAGGACGAAUUGAAGAUGCUUUUGUUUCUUGCUGUGUUGGGACAAGUGAAUGUGCCAGCACAAUACAUUUAGCCCUAAGAGUACUGGAGAUUUUUGAUGCCUAAAUCAAAACUCUCAUUUGGUUUACCUGAUGUUUAAUUCCACCAAGCUAUGUCCAAUUGGCUUGAUAGACAGUGUCACUGCCAUGUAUAUCAUGCUGUCAAAUCUAGGAGGUCUCGGGAUAUCUGGGGAGUUGCAGCUGAGGCUUCAGUAGGGGCAGAAAGCAGUAUCCAAUGUUAGUUGGUUUGGAUUCCUGGAUCUCUGUCCCUGAUGGACCUGCUUGUCCAAGUUUUGGAUCAGAUCAGGUUAAUUUGAGAGAUGAUGAAAGCCUUGCAACAUUUAGCAACUGAGCUCAGUGAUCCUAUGGUUGAGCGUGAGGUGAAGCCUGCUGAGAAGUGCACGGAACAGACUGAAGACAGCAGCAAGUGAAAGAAGGUGCCUUAUACGAUUGGGGAAAAAAAAAAGAGAAUUUGGGUUACUUCAGGAUAUUUGUAACAGUACGUUGUUCAGUCCAAGUAGAAACUGGGAAGGAGCAUGCUUUAAAACAGCGAAGACAAUAAAAGUAUUCAAGCAGCAUCCCAACUACAAAUAUAAAAUGUUCAGCAAUAUCUUCAGUCACCAAAAUCGUGUUGGCACAGACCCCAGUUGUGGUUUCUUUAGUGAUGCAUGCAAUUCAGAUUUUUAAAAUAAAACAUUCUGGGAGUGUUCUUAAUAUAAGAUUCCAUGUUGGCAAAUGCUAGCGACACCACCACAAGGGGCUUUUGCAUUACAUGAUUAGGUUGGCUGAUAUGGGUGCAGUGCUAGGAAAGUAUGAGUUUACAGAGAAAUAAUGCUUUACUGACGAUUUUCAAACUUGACUGUGUCUAUGAAAUGAAAAGUUGAAAGCUUUACUGCAGAAACAGACACUUUGGCAGCUCGAAUUUUACUUUGCUGAGCAAGAUAUUUUGCUCCUCAUGUCCCUGAUCACCUCCCGACCACCAUCGAUCAUGCUCAUGGCCAAAACAACGAGGGAUUCCAGCAGCAAUUUGCAAGAUCAUCACAAAGUGGAGUUUUGCUGACCAAGGGCAGUCACAGAACCACACAGAUGCAUUUCAAAAAUUUGAGAAAGGAGAAUUCAGUACUCUUAGUGGUUAAUAACUUCGCCGUGCACUGUCAUUAUGUGUAGCUUUUGGCUACUUGGGCUUAUUUCCCAGGGUUCCCUUGUGGCUUUUGUAAGAUUAGCUAAUUUCCAUGUUAGUGUCCUUGUGUUUCUCUUGCAAUAAAAUAAUGUAGUAUGUGACAAUUUCAACAACUUCUAAAUCUACUGAGUUUAUAAACAUUUGAUAUUAAUGACUUUUUUUUAAACAGUCAUUUAGGUUUUUCAGAGAAUGUAAGAAGUGCGAAAAUGUGAGUUGUGCUUUGUCACAAACCGAACUGUUCUGCGUCGUGCAGGCAGUUCUGAGCAGUUUUGCUGCUUGUUAGUGCAUCUAAAGAAAAAUACAAAGCCUGACCUUGAUCCCGGGCAAAUAAUUUAAACAGAAUCUGAGACAAUUCGCUGUCAAUCAUGUCUGACACUAAAUCUGACCUUGUAUGACCUCAGGAGCGCAAAAGGGAAGAGGUUUGAGUUGUGCAGUGGAGUAGAACGAACAAAAUGUUGACCUUUGUGGUUGCACAAACCUGCAUUUCAAUCCAGCUCAGACAGGCAGACUGGAGGUCUCUUCAGGGUGACUGUGAAGGGGAAGCUAGUUUGGUUGAGGGGGGAUGGUGUGGAUCUUGUUCCCAGUGGACACAUGUCCACAGUACAAAACUGGCUGUAAUUUGACUGGCACUAAUUGGGCAAUCUCACUCUGAGAGGCCACAGGCAGGGUCAGCAGAAAUCAACAGGAGAUUUUUGUUUAAAAUUCUACAGGACUUUUCAAUUUAACUCCCCAUUGGUGUGUACUCUUUUUCACGUUCUUAUUUUCAAAAAUGUUAUAUAACCUAGUGAAAGAGCCAAAGCAGCCAUUACUCACUGUGUUAAUUAUUUUUCCCACUAAAUAAUGAUCUGGAUUCAGUUUUGACUUUGUUUGAGCUUUUCAUAACUUCCCAGGCAUUUGAUGAUUGCUAUGAAUUAUUUGCCCCAACCCUAACAUGUUUUGACUCUGGAAAUACUAUUAACAAAAGUCUUAUCAGGUUUUGUUAUUUCAUAAAAUGGUUUAACUUAGGCUACUAGUGUUGGCUGGUGGAAAAUUUGAUCUUUGACAAAGUCUCGUCUUAGUGACGACCCAGAGGAGAGCGGAGGUGAUGUGGGAAGUAGAAAUCUCUGCACUACUUUGAGGAUGAUGGGACUUGGUUUGUGGCUAGUGUGUCAGAAUGUUUUCAUUACCUCAGCUUGGGAACUUGGGAAAAUAUAUCUGGAAGACUAACUUUCCUCUACAUAACUGAUAUCCCUUAUGCUUUUAAACCUUCUUUAUUACAAAAGAAAGUUCACUGAAAAUAAAGUACAAACAUCAUGGCCGAAUUGAUGGCUCAUUUGUAUUUAGCCUGUUUAUCCUGACACAUCAAUUUUUGAAAGAUGGUGUUCCAUAGGAGUUGAAGGCUGCGUGUCUUUGGGCACUUGUUUUAAGUCUUUGGGAGCAUUUUCAGAAGUGCACAAUCAAAUAAUGUGAAGCUUAGUUUUUGCAUUUCUGACGUGCUUUGGUCUAUUUAUGUAAGCUAAAUGGUGUAGCUGCCAGUGAUAAUAUUGAAUGUUGUUCACAGGAACCUUUACAAGUUAUGGUGUUAAUGUGUAUCUACAUUUAAAAUUUACUACCCUCGAGUCAUGGCUCUUCAAUUAAAGAAAAGGCAAACUGUCUUUUAGGGAACCCAGAAGAAUUGAAGCAGCUUGCAACUCAUUCCAUAAGUGACAGCAGCAAGCAGCAAAGAUAUUAAAACUGCAUGCAGGAUUUAAUAUGUCCGACGGGUCUGAAACCAUACUGGCUUUGAAGAAGUCCAGAAAUAGUUAACUUCACAGAUAUUUUUUCUGAUCUUGUGGUGGUCUGGAAAUUGAAACACAUCUGACUUUAAACCUCUGUUCUGAUUUCUGACUUCCUAUUUUUGAGGAUGUUAGCACUGUCUAGAAUCUGUUGGGCUGCUCCUUAUGGGAGAAAGGGCAAUAAAUUAUUGCUUAGUCUUUUUUUUGAGAAAUGGACCUUUUUUUUUAAAAGCUUGCUGUCUUGACCUGUUUGUGGGGCACACCUGAAACUUGUUUCCCAAGGAGGGGAGGUGACAAUUACAGUUCCAGAAAUAGGCCACUGUCAACUUGUGCUUCAGUUCAAGUGUAAUCUUCACUUAUGUUAACGUGGUAAGUUGACAGUACUUCAGUUUGAGUUACACAACCAAGCCAGAUGUGCUGAUUGCAGAUUUUUAUAUCCAUCGCGUGUACGAGUUGAUGGGACUAAUUCCUAGGAGCUUUUAAUGGAAACCAAUGUAAAAUAGGGGAGCAAUUUUCUUAAGUGCAGGUUCGAUUUGAAGCCCUGAUUCUAGGAUGGUGGUUAUAGAGGCAAGCCAAUCAAGAGAGGAAGCUUUGGGGGUUUUGAAAGAAAGAUUAGUGGACACCAUUUUAACAGAAACAAGGAAGCAAAAUCAUAUUUAUUUAUACAACAUAAUCCGUACGGAUGCCCCUUCAGCUGGCAUUGAAUUUAUACUGACGUGGAAUAACUAUGGUGUAUGAAAAUGCUCUGUCAAAUCUUCGACACUUAUUCAAUGACUUGGGUAAAAUUAGUGCAACACCUUCUGAAACCUACCAUUAUUCUAAGAAUCUCUCUUUAUAUUGUGUGCUGUCUCUCAAAUGUUUUGGAACCUAUUUUAUUACUGUAUGCUGGAGUCAAACAAGCUGUUUUUAAAACCUGUCCUUUGAUACAAAUUCACGUGCUUGUUAAUAUUGUUUUUUUGUUUUCUAUCUUUAUUGAUUA